GGCAGGAUCCUGGUUGCUAACCGCCAUUCACCUCAAAGACGAUGAAGAAAUAGUUGUUUGCGGAAGCGAUGGUGAAAGCUGGCAAACUCAUGUCAUGUCAUGUGAUGGCGCGAGCGACUAAACUGCGAUGGACGCAUUAGCGAACACCCGCAACCAAACGAUGGAAGAAAUCAAAGAUUCUCCAGACUAUAACUGGUUCAGAAGCACAGUUCCUCUAAAAAGAAUUAUUGUUGAUGAUGAUGACAGCAAAGUGUGGUCCUUGUAUGAUGCAGGCCCGAAGAGCAUCAGGUGCCCUAUCAUGUUCCUUCCGCCUGUCAGUGGAACUGCAGAAGUGUUCUUCCAACAGAUGUUGGCUUUGACAGGCUGGGGCUACAGAGUAAUAUCUCUUCAGUAUCCAGUGUACUGGGAUCUCAUAGAGUUCUGUGAUGGAUUUAGGAAGCUUCUCGAUCACUUGCAGUUAGAUAAAGUUCAUCUUUUUGGUGCAUCCUUGGGUGGCUUCCUGGCCCAGAAGUUUGCAGAGUUCACUUGCAAGUCCCCCAGGGUGCACUCUUUGAUACUGUGUAAUUCAUUCAGUGAUACCUCCAUCUUUAACCAGACAUGGACAGCGAACAGUUUUUGGUUGAUGCCAGCUUUCAUGUUGAAGAAGAUUGUUCUCGGGAAUUUUGCUAAAGGACCAGUCGACCCAGAAAUGGCCGGUGCGAUUGACUUCAUGGUUGAUAGGCUGGAGAGUCUUAGCCAGAGAGAGCUGGCAUCCAGGUUAACGCUAAACUGUCAGAACUCUUAUGUGGAGCCACAUAAAAUAAAGGAGGUUGCUGUGACUAUUAUAGAUGUUUUUGAUCAGAGUGCACUCUCUUUAGAAGCAAAGGAAGAGAUGUAUAAAUUGUUUCCAAAUGCCAAACGAGCUCAUCUCAAAACUGGUGGAAACUUCCCGUACCUUUGCCGAAGUGCUGAUGUAAACCUCUACAUACAGAUUCAUUUGCAUCAGUUCCAUGGAACACGGUAUGCUGCCAUUGACCCGGGUAUGGUGAGUGUUGAGGAACUGGAGGUCCAGGAGUGCCACCUGAAAACAUGCCAAGAAUCUGACGAAGCCCAAUGACAAGCAUUUUGGAGCGCUGCAAAAAUGUAAUUGAACCUUUAAAAAUGAAAUUGAUCAUAAAACAUUUUGUCUAUGUAUAUUGUCAGUCAUCUAGUUCAGGGGUCCCCAACCCCCAGGCCGUGGCCUGGUACCGGUCCGUGGAUCAUUUGGUACUAGGCUGCACAAGAAAGAAUAAAUAACUUGCAUUAUUUCCAUUGUA